CCUCAGCGGAGGGCACGGACGGCAGCGGGAUCUGAGGCGCCGCGCGGACAUGUCGGCGGAGCGCGCCCGGAGAUUAUACCUUCAGUAAAGCUCUGUGGAAGAUAGAUGUGUGUGCUGCAAUGGUGACAUAAAUAUUUCAGAAGACUGGAACAAAUUGUUGAGAAUCUGUGUUUGAUUUUCAUGCUGCUGAGAGCUAUCUAAGGCAAGUAAACACCAUGAGUUUUAUCCUGAAACUUCACAGACAUUUUCAAAGAACAGUAAUUUUGCUGGCCACUUUUUGUAUGGUGAGCAUAGUUAUUUCUGCCUACUACUUGUAUAAUGGCUACAAACAGGAAAAUGAACUUCCUGAAACCUCUUCAGAAGUGGAAUGUGGUGAUCCUCAAGCAUUGCCAUACAAGCUGAUGGAGAUGAAGACCACGAAGCCUGUGGAUCCCCUGAGGACAGACCUUGUAGUGCUGGUGUUUGUGGAAAGCCAGUACUCAACGUUAGGCCAAGAUAUAAUAACCAUUCUGGAAUCGAGCAGGUUUCAGUUUCACAUUGAGAUUGCAUCUGGGAAAGGUGACCUCCCAGUGCUUAUAGACAGAAACAAAGGCAAAUACGCUCUCAUAGUGUAUGAAAAUAUUCUAAAGUACGUGAACAUGGACUCCUGGAACAGAGGCCUUCUAGAUAAGUACUGUAUAGAAUAUGGUGUAGGUGUGAUUGGAUUUCACAGAGGCACUGAGAACAGCUUGCAGAGCUUUCAGUUGAAGGGUUUUCCUUUCCAUGUCCACAGCAAUCUGGGUAUUAAGGACUGUUGCAUUAACCCUCAUUCCCCACUCCUCCAUGUGACUAAACCUUCUAAGCUUGAGAAAGGGCCCUUGCUUGGAAAUGACUGGGCCGUUUUCCAGAUUAAUCACACAGCUUAUCAACCAGUGAUAUUUGCAAAAGUAAAGACACCAGAAAACCUUUCUCCACCUGCUGCUAUAAGUGCUCUCUAUGCCACGGUAAUUCAUGACUUGGGGCUCCACGAUGGGAUUCAACGAGUCCUUUUCGGCAAUAACUUGAAUUUUUGGCUGCACAAGCUGAUUUUCAUAGAUGCCAUCUCUUUCCUGUCUGGAAAGAAGCUCACACUGUCCUUGGAUAGGUACAUUCUGGUUGACAUAGAUGAUAUCUUCGUUGGCAAGGAUGGAACAAGGAUGAACACCAACGAUGUACAGGCCCUGCUUGAUACUCAGAAUCUUUUGAGAGCCCAGAUUACAAAUUUUACUUUCAACCUGGGAUUUUCAGGAAAAUUCUAUCACACAGGGACUGAGGAGGAGGAUGAGGGUGAUGAUCUGCUGCUGAGAUCUGUGGAUGAGUUCUGGUGGUUUCCCCACAUGUGGAGUCACAUGCAGCCACACCUCUUCCACAACGAGUCCUCACUCGUGGAGCAGAUGAUCCUCAACAAAAAAUUUGCCUUAGAACACGGUAUUCCAACUGACUUGGGCUAUGCAGUGGCUCCACACCACUCAGGAGUCUAUCCAGUACAUGUUCAACUUUAUGAUGCCUGGAAAAAGGUUUGGAACAUCAGAGUAACCAGCACAGAAGAAUACCCACAUCUGAAACCUGCAAGGUAUAGACGAGGCUUCAUCCACAAAAACAUCAUGGUGCUUCCUAGGCAAACUUGUGGCUUAUUCACCCACACCAUUUUCUAUAAAGAGUAUCCUGGAGGUCCAAAGGAAUUAGACAAAAGUAUUCAAGGAGGAGAGCUGUUCUUCACAGUAGUUCUCAAUCCAAUCAGCAUCUUCAUGACACACUUGUCUAACUACGGCAACGACCGCCUGGGCUUGUACACCUUCGUGAAUCUGGCCAACUUCGUUCAUACCUGGACAAACCUGAAACUGCAAACCCUUCCCCCGGUCCAGCUGGCUCACAAGUAUUUUGAGCUAUUCCCUGAGCAGAAGGACCCUCUCUGGCAGAACCCCUGUGAUGACAAACGGCACAGAGAUAUCUGGUCUAAGGAAAAAACCUGUGAUCGCUUACCAAAAUUCUUGGUUGUAGGACCCCAGAAAACUGGUACUACAGCCUUGUAUUUGUUCCUGAUCAUGCAUCCUUCCAUCAUUAGUAACUCCCCCAGCCCAAAAACCUUUGAGGAGGUACAGUUCUUUAAUAGAAAUAACUACCACAGGGGGAUUGAUUGGUACAUGGAUUUUUUUCCCACUCCUUCUAAUGUCACCACUGACUUCCUCUUUGAGAAAAGUGCCAACUACUUCCAUUCUGAGGAAGCUCCCAAGAGAGCUGCUUCCCUCAUCCCCAAGGCCAAGAUCAUCACCAUCCUCAUCGACCCGUCCGACCGUGCCUAUUCCUGGUACCAGCAUCAGCGAUCGCACGAAGACCCCGCGGCUCUGAAAUUCACCUUCUAUCAGGUGAUCACAGCUGGCCCUCGAGCUCCCUCUGAGCUCAGAGCUCUCCAGAAGAGAUGCCUGGCACCUGGCUGGUAUGCUACCCACAUUGAAAGAUGGCUCACUUAUUUCCCACCUUACCAGUUGCUAAUUAUUGAUGGACAGCAGCUGAGGACUGACCCGUCUACCGUAAUGGAUGAAGUACAGAAGUUUCUGGGAGUCUCUCCUCAUUAUAAUUACUCUGAAGCCCUAACGUUCGAUUCACAUAAAGGAUUCUGGUGUCAGCUCUUGGAAGAAGGGAAAACCAAGUGUCUUGGAAAGAGCAAAGGCAGAAAAUACCCUCCCAUGGAUUCUGAGUGCAGGGCCUUUCUGUCGAGCUACUACAGAGAUCACAAUGUGGAACUGUCCAAACUCCUCCACAAACUGGGACAACCCCUGCCAUCGUGGCUGAGACAGGAGCUACAGAAAGUGAGAUAGCAUUGGAAAAGAGAUUUUUGAAAUCUCCCUCCACACCUGAGUCGUCAUAGCUGAACUUUCCAGCAGCUACCAGAAGGUCUUGUAAGAUAUACCUCUUCAAAAAAGUGUAAAGGAUAGAAAUUAUUUCCAUAUGCUGGCAUGUGGAUUGUAAAAAUACCUGUGUUCCUUAGAGCUCUGGUGGGCCAAAUCUUUCUCAUAAACAUUUCUGGGCCUGUGGACUUGUGGACUACUGUGCACAUAUGUGGAAGUUAUUUACAGCUGGUAUAAGCGUCAGAGAUACAUGACCUGUCCAAUUCCAUGGUAAAUACUCACAUUUUUAUAUAUCAGUUGUAAAGUAUUGUGUCUCAUGUAGGUUUUGUAGCCCUUUGUUGGACCACUGGCAGUUUUUCUUAGGAUUUGAUUCUUGUGUUGCAUAGGAUAACUUAAUGCAGCACAAAAUGCCCAGAGUACUUCUGCCUUUGGAAUCAGCUUGCUAAUGCCCAAAGUGUGAGCAAGCACAGGGGAGCAGUGCAGUUAUCAUGUGUCAUUCAGCUGUG